AUGCACGCGCUACGCGAAAGUGCCUGUGUGGCAGACGUUCGUCUAGAGCGAAAGCUCCACUAUGACUUCGCGAAGUUAAAGGCCAGAGGCCGUCUGCAGGGAGUUUUACGCUCCCGCUAUGCUUCGGCUGCCUCUGCAGCCGCGAGUUCACGUCAAUAUUUUGUCACGAACUCGCACGCUCUCACUACGACGAGUGAGAAGCGUGGCACUCGUCAAAACGAGCUCGGUCGUGGCGCUCAAAAACGUCAACGGCGUUCGGAAAUUCUUGCCGGAGAUGAAUCUCAUACUCCCAUGAGUCAGACUCAGGGUACCCACGCCACUUCACCUGAUAUUGGUAGUGACCAUGACGACGACGUCGUUGAAGUACCCGCUCCACAUAAACCUACAGGGAACGCCCUGGGCGAAGCCCGAUCUCGUCUGGCGACGUUGGAAGGCGAUCGCGCUCGUCUUUUGAUGAUGGAGUCACGUCAGACCCGUGUCGAGGCUCAACUUGACCUCUUAAUUCGGAUGCAACAUCCUGUGGCGACGCCAAUUUACGCGGCGCAAGCGCCUUCAAGUCUACAUGGGACGGGUCUUGGUCUGGCUUAA